AUGGAAGACAUGACGGCUGCAUCGACAAGAAGGAUUGCUUACAUACGCACCAUCAUCGACAAAGACAAAAAAAGAGAAUAUUACGAGAGCUGUUGGUCCAAUCUCAGCAUGUUUCUAUGGUCAUGGGUCGGCCAGAAAGUUCACAACGACCCUGCUGGAACUGGUGCUCCACGACUUCGCAGCUCACCUCCGCCUGGUCUCCGCCACCACUACAUCAUCGGUCAUUCCAAUCCUUUUGACGCUUUUGUUCUUCAAUGGCUUCUGGAUAACUCCAAGCCCGAUAGUUGGAGGAUGUCUCGCGAUGACUUUGAGGUUUACCUUUCCGAGGCGCAGGUGAAGGACCCAGCAAACAAGGAACUUCUUCAAAAGCUUGAACAAGAGCGGGUGAAGGUCACUGUAGUCGACUCGUCCAUGACAACCGAAUUUGAGGUGGAAGACCUAUGUGACGGAAUGAUGCUCGCAGAAAGCGAUUACGUUCUCGAGACAUAUCUAGAAAGAGGUUCGAGCUGUUGGAUAACAACAGACGUACUCUACCGCGACUCUCUUCGCCAUGGCCAUCCCCAACGCUACAACACUGAAGAACUCUCACAACGAUAUUACGAUAACAGACUUAAGAACAAGAUGGGCCAUACCAGGCGAUCAUGUUCAUACCCUCAUGGCAAAUCCGACGCUUGGAAACGCGAUCAUGAAGUAGACUGGAAGAAUUAUAAGUGCCCAUCUUGUGGGAAGAGAUGUAAACGUAGCAAAGGCUGUAAAUUGACGGGCGAAGAUUGGGCGAAGAGAAAGGAUGUGGUAGCGUGGGAUGAAGGAGUUGAUACGUCGACGCCGAGACCGCCCGAGUUUGAAAGGGAUUGGAGAAUGUUGACGGCGGAGGACAUAUGUCACUAUUGGGGCACUGAUCCAAUGGCUUACGAGAGAUUUAGGAAUUGGCAGUGGAGGUCUGUUGAUACGUUCACGGGCGAGUGA